UCUGAGCUAAAUGUUUCUUGUCUUGGGGUCGGCUGUUGGGGUGUGAUUUCCGGGAGGACACAGGGCGCUGAGGCUGAACCCACAUCUCUAUGCCGAUCCACAGCACCAAGGUGGCAGAUGAAGGCACCGCCAAGUCGGAGAGGGCGAGGGGUGAGUGCAAGGCGCUGGUCCAGUCUCUCAACAAGGUGAUCGGCUGCUACAAACACCUGGCGGUCAACCUGGGGGGGUCGUCUGACUCCACCAACCUGAGAGAUGAGCUGCGGAGAACCAGGGAGAGAGCCCAGGAGUUGGCAGCGGCCAUCAGGACCAACCUGACGGCGGUGCUGAGGGACACGGAGCUGAGCAAAGAGGAGCGCCCGGAGAUGGAGCGCCUUUGGGUUCUCUUCUCCUCCAACCUGGAGGUGUUCCACAUAGACAUGUGCAAGGUGUUGGACCUGGGGCAGAGCUUCCCCCUCUCCGGGGCCGAGAGACCCUUGAUCCAGACCGGGAUGUGCGGAGACACCUCCGAAGUGACCGCCAGAGCUUUGAGCGUCCAGAACCUCGUCCAUCAGACCUCACCCAACUCGGAAAGGCUGCAGCUGCAGGAGCUGGAGGAGCAGAUCGGGGAGGUGGACAGGAUGGCGGAGGACAUGGAGAUGAAGGUGAACGUCCUGAGGUGGACUGUGGAAGCCAAGGGAGAGGAGAUACAUUCGGUGGUGAGCAACGACUUCUCUUCCACUGCUCUGCUGUCCUCGGAGGACGAGGUGAGGAGGAGAGAGUGCUGCGACCGAGAGAAGUGGCUGGUGGUCAUGGCCCUCUGCACCGCAGCACUGGUCGCUGUUGUCUUAUCGGUUUGUGUGGCGACCUUCGCCUGAUCGCUCCUCUCCACAGCACCGGGAGCUCCGGGAGGACUCAGCUCACCAACCGGUCCUUCAGCAGUUUACCGACUGACUGGGCGGUUUACUGUAUACACACCGUGAGCGACACCCCGUGUUGGUCCCCAGAGACCGAUGCACGGGCUGAUUUGGUGCACAAGUACAGUAAGAGUCUUCUUCACUUAUAUUUGCCAAAAGCCAAAGGAACAAAAGAAAGA